AUGCUGAGCCACAACAUUCUGACGCUCGGCGCUUGCGAUGCACUGGACAAUCAUAUCGUGAUGUGCAGCACAGGGCUCCUGUCACCCCAAGAAGACUUUACUAAUGUUAAUGCAGUCCAUCCAAACCUCGGAGAAGCAGUUUGCUGUUUAUGCGACAAGGAAAUAAGAGAUCGGUUCGUUUCAAAAGUCAACGGAAGAAAAUUCGGCACUAAAUGUGCGUCAUGUACCGAAGGGAUCGUUCCUGAUCACGUUGUCCGAAAAGCUUCUGGACAUAUCUAUCACGUCGAAUGCUUCACGUGUUUUAUAUGUAAACGAACCCUCGAAACCGGUGAGGAAUUCUAUCUUAUAGCUGAUGAUGCGCGUCUCGUGUGUAAAGACGAUUAUGAACAGGCAAGAGAUAAACACACUGCUGAAAGUGAGGGAGAUGGCAGCAACAAGCGACCGAGAACCACAAUCUCAGCGAAGAGUCUGGAUACCUUGAAACAGGCUUAUCAAGCUAGCAGUAAACCAGCUCGACACGUCCGAGAACAACUUGCCGCUGAAACCGGACUGGAUAUGAGAGUUGUUCAGGUGUGGUUCCAAAAUCGACGUGCAAAGGAAAAGAGACUCAAAAAAGACGCUGGUCGUCGUUGGAAGACUUCUGCAAACCGAGCUGAAAGCGACAGCAACUCUCCGAUCGAAAGUAUCAACGGACAGAGUCCUAAUUAUUUGUACCUGGACCAAGCCAUGGACGAUGGGAACGAGAGUAAUUAUAUUUUCCAAUCAAGAGAACAGAGUCCGGACAAGUACUUCCGCAACGAGACUCCAUCCACUGAUCCACCACAGAUGCAUCUGGCAGCCCCAGGAGUUCUAUCUUCGUCUUUCUCUUCCCAACUUCCAUUAUCCACAAAUGUCUACAAUCUCCCACCCCCAGAUUCCCAUAUAAUAACUCAUAUAUCAACUCAAUUUAUUUAA